AUGGCAGCUCCAGAAGCCCUUCCCUCUAUCGCCCGCCACCUCCUCCGCUUCAACCACCAAUCCAAAAUCCCUUUCCAAACCAGCUCCAAAUCACUCUACCACCAUAAAUCUCACGUUAAGUCUCACGUGGCUCCUAUCGUAAAUGGUCUUCAUGUAUCUAUCUCUGCGCGGAUCGCCGCUAGUAAGGGUGACAGAGAGAGGAUUUUGAAGAGUAUUGAGCGUGCGAGAGAGGCGAGAGAGAAGAGGGAUAGGGGGUUGAGAGAGGGUAUGGGUGGUGUGGCUGUGGGUAUGGGUGUGGAAAGAAAAAUUUGGGAGGAACAGGUUUAUCCUCCUGUUGGUGGGUUGUUUGUUUGA